CACUCCUUUCGAGGCAUACUGUACGUCUAGUGACUACCACUCCGUUCAGUUGCAACAGGACAGGGGUGUGUGCUGUGCUGCUAUAAGAGUGCGAGGGGAUGUCGACGCUCGUGGAAUCCGCAGAUACUGAGAGUAUGAAGAGCGCGAGUAGCCACAUUAUGGCAUCCCCAACACCCUCGAGUCUUUCGCAACACUUUGUAGACAACAAAUUUUACCUGCUUGUGGUAAUCGGGGAAAUCGUCUCGGAAGAUCAUUUGAAGUGUGCCAUUGCGGAAAUCGAAAAAGGAAUCCGCUCUUGGGACACCAACCUCAUCGACUGUAACUUGGACCAGGAGCUGAAGCUAUUCGUUUCCAGACACUCAGCACGUUUCUCUGCUGAUGUCCGAGGACAAAGAAUUCUUCACCACAAAAGCAAUGUCCUGGAGACAGUUGUGCUUAUAAACCCUUCUGAUGAAGCCGUCUGCACCGAGGCUCGUCUCAUGAUCUCAGACACAGCCCGACAGAAACUACUGGUCCUCUCAGGGCAAUGCUUCGAAAACACAGGGGAGCUCAUUCUACAGUCUGGCUCAUUCUCUUUCUUUAACUUCAUAGACAUAUUUACUGACCAAGAGCUUGGGGAAUUACUCAGCACCAUACAUCCAGCCAACAAAGCAAGUCUGACUGUGUACUGCCCCGAGCAAGGCGACUGGAAAAACUCAAACUUGGACAAACACAACUUACAAGACUUCAUCAACAUUAAAUUGAAUUCCCCUCUGAUCCUCCCUGAGAUGGAGGGUCUAUCCGAGUUCACAGAGUACCUGUCUGAGUCUGUGGACAUCCCUUCUCCUUUCGACAUGCUGGAGCCGCCCACCUCCGGGGGGUUCCUCAAGCUCUCCAAGCCCUGCUGCUACAUUCCCGGAGGCCGAGGUGACUCUGCACUUUUUGCUGUAAACGGCUUCAACAUGCUGAUCAACGGGGGCUCGGACAGGAAGGCCUGCUUUUGGAAGCUAGUGAGACACUUGGACAGGGUUGACUCCAUCCUCCACCACAUUGGAGACGACAACCUGCCAGGCAAUAGCAUGCUGCUUAGAAAGGUGGCCGAACUGGAGGAGGAGCAGUCACAGGGGUCCUCUGCCACCGGUGACUGGGUCAAGAACAUGAUCUCUCCAGACAUCGGUGUUAUGUUCCUCAACAUUCCGGAGAACCUUGGGAACCCGGAGCCCGACUUCAGGGUGCAGAACGUGGAAGAGGCGGCUUUCACCCUGCAGUACGUCCACAAGCUGUCACUAAGGACUGAGUCUCUGCAGAGACCUGUGGGAAACACCAUUGAACCAAUUAUACUGUUUCAGAAGAUGGGUGUGGGCAAGUUGGAGAUGUAUGUGCUGAACCCAUCCAAGAACAGCAAAGAGAUGCAGAACUUUAUGAAAAACUGGACGGGCAGUGAGAAAGACAAGGCGUCCAUCUUGCUACCAAAUGGAAAGGAAUCCGAGCUCCCUGUGUCCCAUUUGACUUCCAUCUCUUCAUUGAUUGUAUGGCAUCCAUCUAACCCCUCAGAAAAGAUAGUUCGCGUUUUGUUUCCAGGUAAUGCAACUCAGUAUAACAUCCUCGAAGGUUUAGAGAAACUGAAACACUUAGAUUUCUUGAAGCAGCCGGUUGUCACCCAGAAGGAGCUAACCUCCAAUAUGGCUCCAUCGCUAAAGCAAGCAAAGUUAAAACACAAAACAGACAGCAAGGAGAGUCUGCAGUCAACCUCACGACCGUCACCAAGCAGAAGCCUCCGGAAGGAGUCUAAGGAGGAGGCUACUGGGAAGGUGAAAACAGAUGCAGAGUCAUCCCAGGAGAAAACACAGAAGGUAGAGAAGAAAGAGACACCUUUGGUGAAAAAGGAGAAAGCAAAGGUUCCGGAAAAAGAGGCAAAAGCUAAAAUAGAGCAAGCACCUCAAAAUGAAACUCCUGAGAAAAAGAAGGCUGAAAUGAAGCCCAAAGUUGCAAAGGAGAAGAUUGUUAAGCGGGAGCCGAAGAAAUUGGUGGAAAAGAAAAUUGUUGACAAAGAAGCAAAUAAAGAAGUGGUGAAGAAAGACGAGAAGUCAGCACCCAAAAAAGAAGAAAAGCCUAAAAGGGAAGAGAAGGUAAAGAAAGAGGAUGUGAAAAAGGACAUAAAACGAGACUUCAGGAGAGAUUCCCCCAUGAAGGAGAGGAAAGAGUUGAAGCAGGAGCAAAAGAAAGAAGACCUCAAGAAAGACACAAAGAAGCCUUCAAAGGAUGCAAAGAAAACGCCAUCUGCUCUGGGUGAAGGAAAGAAACUGGUGCCAAAAGCCAAACCUAUGAAAAAAGAAGACGCCUUAAAGAAAGACAUUGGCAGCCCAUCCAAAUCCAAAGACAAGGCAAAGUUAAAAGUUCCUAAGAAGGACACCAAGUCAGUGGAUGCCAAGUCUGUUACAGGAACUGCGGCUGAGGCUAUGGCUGCUGCCCCUUGCGCUACACAGGCUUUGGAGAUCGAGCGAUCCCUCAUGUCGUCUCCAGAGGACCUUACCAAGGACUUUGAGGAGCUCAAAGCAGAGGAUAUAGUCGAAGAUGACGCCACGAUGCCCCACGCUAAGCAGGAAGAAGAAGAGGAAGGGGUGCUGAUCCAGCACGAGGAGGUCCUGUUGUUCAAGGAGUCUCCGGAGGCAGCUGAGUCCGUGGACGAAGGGAUCACCACCACAGAGGCGGAGGGCGAGAGUGGGGAGACUCCGGAGGAGCAGGAGCACAAGGGAAAGAUCAACGGCAGUGGGAGUGAGAAGUUUGAAGACGAGGGUACAGGAUUGGAGGAGGCAUCCGAGACCGGGGACUACGAGGAGAAGGGAGAGGUGGAGGAAGUUGACGAGCCCCGGGGGAGAGAGACGGUUGCCAAAGAGAGAGCCGGACCUGGGUACGAGGAAACAGAGUCCGAGGACGAGGGAGCAGAAGUCAAACAGUAUGAUACCGAUCUUAACAGGAACGAAAAGCAGAUAGAGAUGGAGGGUUUAUUUGUGACCACCACCACCCCCCAGAUGACAUCUGAUCUAGUGUCCCCUGCCGCAUCCAUCCAUGACGAGACGCUCCCUGCUGAGUGCGAGAUGCCCUCUGAUGACGAGAACAGAGAGGAACCACCAGAGGAAUACACCACGUCCGGUCACACUCUGUCAACAAUCGAGAUUUCCAGUGUGCCAACCCCCAUGGAUGAGAUGUCCACACCCAGGGACAUCAUGAGUGACGAGACCACCAACGACGAGACCGAUUCCCCUUCCCAGGACUUUGUAAGGUUCGGAGGCUGCAUGUCAGUGGACGUAGACAGGAAGAGGCUCUCCCCUCUCCAGGAUGGUGAUGAGUCCAACAGCUCAAAGAGUGGCCUCACUGAAGGUCGGGACUACCAUGCUUCUGCUUCCACGAUAUCUCCUCCAUCCUCCCUGGAAGAGGACAAGUCUUGUAAGGAGUUUCCUCGUGAAGAGAGAGAUGGAGGGUCCCUGUCAGACAUACACGGCAUUGACUCAACCAGACUCGGCUCUGUGUCUGCCACUUCGCCUCUCAUUCGCUCUCCCUCAGGGGAUCACAAUGGGCUGUUUGACUCCACCCCAUCAAGGUUUGCUGCACCAAUUGAACUGUGCACCACCCUCACAGGAGCCUCAACGGGUGUGGCAGAGUCUUCCAACAGUCCAGAUGACAAGACCCUGGAAGGAAACACCUCACCUCAGUCCUCUGGCCAUACACCUUAUUAUCAGUCCCCUGUGGAUGAGAAAGCUGGCGCCAUACCUCCUGAAUCCAGGACCAACGCCCCUCAGGGGCCCAUUAUUGUGGAAGUAACCAGUGAUAAGGAGGACUCCCCUUGCAGAAUCAGCCACAUGGAUGAGCCAGUGCCAGACCACUCCUCUACCAUAGAGAGGGUUCUGUCUCCAGAGAAAAUCCCGCCGCCUACAGGGGCUGACUCUCCAACCAAGUCUGGGAAGUCACAUUUCAACUUGGAUCAUGUGUCAAUCAACUCAGGUCUUGUGGAGAAAAAGAAUAAUGUAGUUAGCGAUAGUAGUUCAGCAGCUUACUCAAGGCAAGAAUCAGACACCAACCCCUUUGCGGGUUUCAAAGAAGAGAGUAAGAUGUCUAUAUCGGAAGGGACCACAUCAGAUAAAUCAGGCACGCCUGUCGAUGAGGCUGUGGCCGAGGACACGUUCUCCCACUUAGCUUCUGCUUCCACAGCCUCCCUGGCCACCAGCUCCCUCCCAGAACCCGCCACCGACUCCCGCUCCCUCCAUGCUGAGGUGGGGUCCCCUCACUCCACUGAGGUGGACGACUCGCUGUCUGUGUCCGUGGUUCAGACCCCCACCACUUUCCAAGACACUGAGGGAUCCCCCACCAAAGAGGACAGCCCCAGACCUAUGUCCAUCUCUCCAGACAUCUCACCAAAGACAGCCAAGACCCAGGAGCCCAAGUCCCCUGAGCAGUCCACCAUUUCAGUUGAAUUUUGCCAGGACUCCCCAGACCAUUCACUGGCUCUGGACUUCAGUAAACAAUCACCAGAGCAUGUGUCCUCGUCUGGACCAGGCAGCCUGAGGGCAACGGAGAAUGGGCCAACUGAGGUAGACUACAGUCCCUCAGAGGGCUCCGAUCUAAGGCAAGCUGAGCGGUGCCAUUCCACAGUUGAGAAACCCAUGCUCUUCAGAGACACAGACUCCACCCGUGCCCUCUCCGCCUCCCCCUCUGAUGCCUCCCAAUCUACACCCUCUGUCACCACACCCUGCCAGAUGAAGGAGAUGGACAAGUCCCCUUCAACUCCAAAAGCAGCUUCGCCUUCUUCCUACGCCCACUUCUCGCAGAAAGCAACCGAAGCCGAGACAAAUCCUUUCAAAUGUGGCGAGUCCAAAUCUCCCAUGAGCCCCAAAAUUCCCUCCCCAUCGUACCUUCCCCUCUCCUCCAAUCUGUCAGACUAUCAGAAAUGUGCUGGAGGCUCCAAGGGCUCGGACUCCUCCAAGAACAGCCCGUCCUCUCAGUCCAGGACGGAUGUGGAUCUGUGUCUGGUUUCCUCCUGUGAGUACCGCCACCCGAAGACAGAGUUGUCCCCGUCCUUCAUCAACCCUAGCCCUCUGGAGUACUUCAUGAAUGAGGAGGAAAAAGAGAAGGAAGACUCCCUGGCCAAGGCAGGUGGAGGACCACCUCCCCCUGGGGGGAAACUCUGUGCCAAGCAGUGUGAGGAGACCCCCCCCACCUCCAUAAGUGAGUCUGCUCCAUCUCAAACUGACUCAGACGUACCUCCAGGUACCGAGGAAUGCCCCUCCAUCACGGCAGACGCUAACAUCGACUCUGAGGAUGACUCCGAGACCCUCCCCACGGACAGGACCCUAACCUACAGACACCCGGACCCUCAUCCGGCAGCAGCCAAGGACUCAGCUCCAUCCCCGGCCCGCCCAGAUGUCUGCAUGGUGGACCCUGAGGCUGCAGCGGCCCCUGAGAACAACCAGAGCCAGGAUCUAAAGAUGGAGGGAAUGGAGACACCCAAAAAGAAGAAGCUGACUAAGACAAAGUCCUCCUCACCGGCCAGGAAGAGUGGCCUCUCCAAGGUCAAGGAUAUGAAAACAGCGUCUCCUAAGAAGGGCACAGGCGAGGGCAAAGACGCCAAAAAUGCAACUAAUACCUCUGCGUCCAGGGGUGUAAAAAGUGCCACAUCUGGGUUAGGCAGUGGCAAGGCCACAAGUGUGCCAUCCGUCCCGAACUGCCCACCCAUGUACAUGGAUCUGGUGUACAUACCUAACCACUGCAAUGCGAAGAACGUCGAUGCCGAGUUCUUCAAGCGCGUCCGCUCAUCGUACUAUGUGGUCAGUGGCAAUGACCAGGCGACCCAGGAGCCCAGCAAGGCAGUUCUGAACUCUCUCCUGGAGGGGAAGGCCCAGUGGGGGAACAACAUGCAGGUGACCUUGAUCCCGACCCAUGACUCGGAGGUGAUGAGAGAGUGGUACCAGGACACCCACGACCAGCAGCAGGACCUCAACAUCAUGGUCCUGGCCUCCAGUAGCACGGUGGUCAUGCAGGAUGAGUCUUUCCCUGCCUGCAAGAUUGAGCUGUAAGCCCAUACUCUGCUGGUCAGGACAUUUCAACGCCAAUACAUUUGCAGACAGUGGACCAUGCUUUUAAUUGGACAGGGGUUGGAGCAGGAAAAGAUGUAUAUGGGGUUGGUACAAAAAAAGUGUAAUUUCCGUAAAGGCUUUUUAGCCUUUUCAGAAGUGGUUCAAUGAUAUGGAUAAACAAAACUAUAAAGGCUAAUAUUAUUUAAUGUAGACUUAAAAGCUCAGUCUAUAUGAUCUUUGUGGGCUCUUGAAAAAAGUUCAAUAUUAUAAAUUGUCCUAUAGCCUCAAAGUAUAAUGUGACUGGACAAGGCAUCAUAGUCCCUUGAUUAAAUAGUGCUUAUCGCGUAAAUGCAUUUUCUCAAAACAUUCAUCUAGCACUAACCUACUUUAUCUGUUCCGUUCCUUUUAAACAGUAAAUAUAAAAUAUAAAAACAUUCCCGAUCCAGUCUGGGACUGAUCCAGUAGAUGUGAUGUUUCUGCUAUGGUACUGUCUACCUUGGCUAUCUUUGAAUAUGUGAACACAGCAUGCAAAUACCGUUAAUAUUGGAGCUAACAAAUACAAGUUGUUAAGCAACACCUCAGGCCACUGAAAAUAUAAUGUCCAUUCCCAUGAAAAUAUCUCACCUAUAUGAUGGAUUAGACAUAGAUGAAAACACCAAAGGAUAGAUAACACUCAAUCUGUAACUGCCUUAGAGAGAAAAGAAAUGAAUGUAAAAGAAGAUUGAUGCACUUAAACAGAUGACAAAUAGCAAGUAGGUACUGUAGGUAAUUAGAUAAGAAAAUGACACACUUUAAAGUUCAUCCCAUACUGAGGUGUGGCUUCUAGAUGUCAAACGAGUGGAAAUAUUUUCUUCCUUGUGAUUAGGCUGCAUGCAAGGAAUCUAGGACUAUUCUUCUCAACAUGUGUCUGUAACUCAGAUAUGGUGUUGGGGUACAACUGUCAAGCUCAUCUGGUUCCCUUUUUUCUGUUUUCACGUUUUGCACAGAGGGAGAUAUAGGCCGUUUGUCUGGAUUGAUCAUUAUCGUUGAUAUUUAUUUAACUUAUUUAUUAUUGAUUAUGAAGCUUCUAUAGCCUGUGUCCCUAGAAGGAGUAAAUAUUCCUUGUGGUGUGUUUAAUGCAAUGUCAAACCUCCAUUAGAAUAACAUGGGUUUUGCAACGUGUGUAAUUUUUUUGUUGCCCAAAAUUGACUAUUAUUUAUGUCCAACUUUUACAGCAUUGUUAAACCUGAAUGAUGUCCUUGUCAUUUAAGUUUUGUUGUUUAACUUAUGGAUUGAUAUUGAUGCUAAAGCAUAUAAUAGCUGGAAACCAGAGUGGUCAAUCACCCCAGUUGUAUUCUGUGAAUUCAGAAGUCGAGCCGCGAAGACUGCUUGAAUGUGCCACAUAUGUUCAAGCUUGUGAAGCGAGAUACUUUCUUAAAAGUUUCUGUUUUUCUAAAAUACUGUACUAUAAUUAUAAAUAGCUUUGUGGCAGAGUGAAUGGUUGAAAAUGAUUGUGCAUGAGUCAUGAAAUACAUGAAGCUCUUCAUUGUUUUUAUUAAAUUACGGGGUUAUCUUUCUUUCAACUGCCAAUAAGAACUGCAAUGCAAGGCUUGGCUUAUAAAUGAAAAAAUGGGAAUGGGAAAUCUAUCUCAAGCUUUGUUUUAGUCUUUGGAUUUGGGCAGGCUGUACCUUUUAGACCAAACAACAUUGGUCUCUGACAUGAACCUUGAAAGAAGAGUGACUGUUGUCUGUAAGAACUUGCUUACAAUGGUGUGAAAGACAUAAGAUACACUACAAAACAGCUUUCUUGACACAGAUCAUACUUAGUCCUGGACCAAGAAGCCUUUUAAAUGGAGAAUCUCCUUUGAGAUGUUUUUUAGUCUUGCACUAUGGCUUAAUCUGUGCCUAGUAAAUAGGCCCUAUGAAGCCCAUAUAGACAACCUACUACUGAAACAUGACUAAAACAAUACAAAACACCAACAAAUGACUAAAACCAACCACAACCGUGACAGACCAUUCAUGGAGACAUGACUUAAAACAGUUGCUGUUUAUGUUCAAUAUAAUUGAGUGAGUCUGACAGGCAAGGCAUUUAGUAUCAGACCACACCGUAGUCCAGUAGACCUGUUCCAUUCUGCAAGUGUAACCGUAAUCGCAAGCAUGACCAUCCUGCACUUUAAAAACACAAACUUCAAUGACUUAACCACAAACACAUUAUCUCCUCUACUUCCUCUGUACCACAUCUCAAUGAUCUUUUCUAUCACUUCUCUCUCUGUCUUUUCUCUCUCUCUCUCUCUCUCUCUCUCUCUCUCUCUCUCUCUCUCUCUCUCUCUCUCUCUCUCUCUCUCUCUCUCUCUCUCUCUCUCUCUCUCUCUCUCUCUCUCUCUCUCUGUUUUUUGGGUGAUUGUUAGAAAUGUAUGUAAGCAGCUGUGUGGUUUAUCUGUCUUGUGAUUGUACAUCCUCCUUCUCCUCCCUUUUCCGGACUCAUAUCUAGCAUAGCAAUUAGUUUAAGUGAAAGUAUUACUAUUAGUGCUUUUCUGACGUUUGUGUGCAAUAUUUCCUAUGCCCCCAUAUGGGAUAUUUGAUGUAAAGGGAACCACUAUUAAAAAGGACACCUUUAAAAAAAAGGAGCCACAAUAAAGACCGUUGUGGAAAAUAA